GCACACUCUUCACCUUCCAGACAUCCAAGGUCGCCUAGUCUACCCAAACGACUGGCUAGCGCCGGGCGAGUCAACAUUGUAGUAAGCCGCCGGAGUCUGAUCAUAGUAAGCGACGCAGAGCCAGUUCGACGAGUCCGGUCGGAAGCGGAGGUCGGUUGUGAAGUAACCUCCACCCAGAGGAGAGGACCGAAUGGCUGCCCAGGAAACGCAGUCGCCUGCGGCCUCGCAAGCAUCCAAGGAGCCAUCCAGCACUUGAGAGAUCGCAGGCGCGCAGGCGUUGUUCGCAGGAGAGUUGUCAUCGAGAGUCUUGAAGCCGGCGUACUCGAGCUUGUAGAGAUACUGCCAGUCGGCUGUGGGUCCCUUGCCGAAGGUUGCGCAGGUGGACGAAGCCAUGAUAGAGGUAGAGUAAGUGGUGUAGCCUGGCGUUUAGCAGAAGCGGCGGUCUCAGCAGCUUCGGCGACGGAAAGCGGGAAGUGCCCGAUAGGAGCACGAGCAGCGAGAUUAGCAUCCCCAAUUGGCAUCGCCUCAGGUUAAGCCUCCUCUUUACGACCAGAGCCACCAUUACCAGCCCAAGGGAGGACAAUUGACGUCGUGGAAGUUGUCAUAGUCGGCUUCUCAGUGGCAGUAACCCAUUCAGU